GGUGGGUUGGCGCAUGCGCCGUGCAGCGGGCGCUGCCGAGGGCCGGCAUGAGCUGCCCGCCGGGGCUGCAGCAGGACUGCGAGCGGCUGCUCGACGACUUCCAGGCCACCGACAGCAUCCGCUUCGAGACCUUCGCCCAGCUCUGGCGCCAGCGCCGCUUCCACAGCAUCUUCCAUGGUAAAAUAAGGCCAUUAGAGUUGAAUAAGUUUACAAAGAAAGCUUUGGAUCUGGCACGUCAGUACUUCUUGCCUCCGUACACUUUUCAGAUUCGAGUUGGUGCGCUGUAUCUUCUGUAUGGAUUGUAUAAUACACAACUUUGUCAGCCAAAGCAGAAGAUCAGAAUUUCACUCAGAGAUUGGCCUGAAGUCCAGAAGUUCCAACAGGAUCUGGUGAAUGCCCAGCAUUAUGAUGCAGCUUACGUUUAUAGGAAGCUGCGACUAGCCAAAGCAUUCCACUUCACAGCCAUGCCCAAACUAUUGUCCUACAGAGUUAAGAAAAGGGUUGAAGAGCCAGAACUGAAAGAAGAGUUCCGGGAGCUGAGUAACCGAGUGAGCAGCGUGAUCACUAGUGAUACCUUGGAGGAAUUUAUGAACGUUCACAACCACUAUCAGAAAAUGAAAUGUAUGAUCUCUACUGACAAAUCCCAACCAGACAAGGCUCUGAGCUUGGUCAAGAAUGACUUUGUAAUUGGUGUUAAAAAUAUUAUUUUGGAAUACCAGCAGUGGCAGCAGGAAAAAAUGAAUCAACUCUUAACAUCUAAAGAGAAUGAAAAAUCAACAGAGAAGCCGGAUGAAGGGAAUUCUCAAGAAUCAGAAGGUUCUGAAAGAGCAAGUGCAUUGGCUAAAAUCAAACAGAAGUCCUACGCCGCAGUUGCUGAGGUCUCCAAAUCAAGAAGGCAUCGUCAAGUUAAGCUAGAAUCUUCUGAAUCGGGGUCUGAUCAGGGAAAACUGGCAUUUCCCAAAGAUAAAAGAAACCAAAAAAGGCCCCAGCCAACAAGGAAGAGAAGCUCUCCAGCAAGCAGAGGUGUAAUAAAGAAGGAAACCAUUUCUGGGAAUAGGAAGCUGUCUGUAAUCCCAGAAGAAGAUAGUUCCAGUGAAGAAGAGGUCCCACGCCCAAAGAGAAGACGGAGACGUUAAACAGUACAUUUGGAGACUUUCUCGUGUAUGCGUGUCUAGCGAUAAAAUAAGAGAGAAUAUUGAUGUUCAAAAUAAUAAGUUACACUGUUUAUGUUGGUUGUCCUGUAACGUGCACCCGUAUCAAGUGAAGGCACAAAACAAAAAACAGCGCUCAGGUUAGACCUGCAAGCUGUGUUCAUAUAAAUUGUGACUUACAAUACAGGGUAUUUUGUGGAAUGGAAGUGAAAUUUUCUGCCAAGAAGCAAAGCUAAGAAGUACCUGUGCUUUGCUGAAAUUGGGAGUGGUAGAGGAGCGCUGCUUGUUUUGUUUAGAUUUUACCCUAUGAGUUAUAACCAGGGAUCCUCUGAUUUAAAAAAAAAAAAAAAAAAAAAAUCCCAAUUUUCAGAUUUAAAAAAGUAAUCCCAAAUCCACAUUUUCCGUGAUUAAAAUGAAACACCACUAAUUUGUAUAGAAAUAUGCAUAUAGUGGUGUUUCGUUUAAUCAUUGAAAAAUGUGGAUUUUGGGUUACUUUUUAAAUUGAAAAUUGGGGAUUUAAAAAAAAAAAUUUUUUUCAUCAGAAAGCAUCAGGAUCCCUGGUUAUAACUCAUGGUGAUUUAAAAUAAAGCUUUUAGCAGAAGCUACUAGAACAAAACAAAAAAUAUCCCCUGGCCUUUGAAAUAGAUAUAUGUGGACAAACUUUUUUUCUCCUUACAAACUGUGAAAAAGCUUUGUAAUGAUAGGGAUCAUUUACAAUUACUAAGUGCAAUAAAUUUAUUUUUCACUAAA